CUUCAGAAUCUGCCGCAUUUUCAUCGAAAGCCUCCAUUCUUGUUCUCCCUUCAUAGGUUAAACGUAGUUCAAGAAUCGGCUGAACACCAACCGAAAUGGCUUCUAAAGACGAAUUAGCUUGCACCUACGCUGCUCUCAUCUUGAUGGACGAUGACGUCCCUAUUACGAGUGAAAAGAUUGCCAGCCUUCUGAAGGCUGCUAACGUGACAGUCGAGCCUUACUGGCCUGGCCUGUUUGCCAAGGCUACCGCUGGUCUUGAUCUCAAGAGCCUCGUGACCAGCAUUGGUGCUGGUGUCGGUACCGGAGGAGGUGGUGGUGGCGGUGCACCUGCUGCGUCUGCUGCUGCUCCUGCUGCUGCCCCAGUGGAAGAGAAGAAGAAGGAAGAGGAGCCUGAGGAAGAGUCCGACGACGACAUGGGCAUCGGCCUAUUUGGUUAGAUAUUCCUCAUCAGAGGAAUGUCUUAACCUCAAAUACAAAUUUGAGGAUUGA